UCUGGGAACGAUGAGGCCCGUGUUCUGUGGGAAUCUCGACCACGAUGCUCGCCAGUCGGAACUGGAUCGGCUGUUCUCCAAGUAUGGAAGGGUGGAUCGCAUAGACAUGAAGUCAGGUAAAGCUUGCACAUACUUUUCGUUUACUUUUAAGAGGGCUUUUUAUCACAGCAGCUUACUAGAUGAUUAAGUUAGGGCUUUGGGUUGAUAUGUGGUUGCACAACGUGGGUGUGUUAUUUGCGGUUCAUUUAUGAGCAACAUCGUACUUUGCCUAGAUGUUUUUGUUUCUUUUUUGCAUGAUGUAAUAAUUCUUCUUGCUCUCCUUUCUUGGGGGUUAUAUGUUUCCAGUAAAUAGCGAGUUGUUGUAACCUAAUAGCAUGGAAGGUUAUUGCAAAAUCAGUAGAAGAACAGGUUAAAAGCGAACAGUUGGGAUCGUGGUGCGUAUUCUAGAGAACGGAAUUUCAAGUUGUCCGUGUAAUGUCCUUGUGAAAGUUGGGAAGUCUUUUUUCCUGGGAAAUAGUUAUCAUUUUGCUAUCAUAUACACGCAAGUUUGGAUAUGUGCUGAUGAAGACCCAAAUCUUAUUGUUUAAUUUAUUGCUUAUGACAUACAUGAUUUAGAUGCAUCUGAGCCUUUCCCGCUCUGAAAGUUGAGAUUUAAGUUUAUGGCUUUGAUUUCAUGUGACCUUUUUCUGGUAUUCAUUAAGUUAGAUUUUAUGAUGUGCCAUUAUGAAAGUUUAAAGUUCUGUUCUUUGCAGUGUUGUUAAACAAGUAGGAAAAUCACAUGGUAAUACUGUUUUAGUCAUGGAACUUGUAUGUUUUUUGGUAUCCUGCGGAAUUGAUGUCACUUGAAUUCUUGUUUGACUUGGCAAUUAAUCACUUUUUUUAAAGUAAUCGCAUAACUUUUACAUAAAUAUUGUGACACGGAGUCCCUUUUGAAUAUGGGAAACAAUUAUUGUUUCUGCAAUCUCUAAUUAGAUUGUCAUUUCUUGUAUCAAGCAAAUAGCUGGAAAUGCUCCUUUUCUUUCUUACGUAUGCAUUUAAAAAAUAUGAAGUAUUAGUUCACCAAUAAUCCUAUUUUAACAUCAAAUUCUGAAGAGAUUAGCUUUUUUUUUUGUGGUGUAGCACAGUUUUGUGGUUGGUCCUGACAAGACCAGGCCUGCAAUUUUUGUACAAGAAAGUCCGUAUUUAAAAGUUUGCUUUGACGCAGGAACUACUAAGGGAAGCUGAGCUCUUCGUGGGCUCUCCUACCUCAUUGAAACCCUUCCAUGAUGAACGAAACCUUCCUGCCAGAAUCCAGAGAUUCAUGAGCUUCUUACAUUCACUAUGGAAUUCUUCAUUUUCUUCACAAAAUAUCAGUUUCUCUGACAUGCACCACCUAAGUUGCUAUUGCCCAAUUAUGAAUAUUGAGGACUUGUGUCAUCAUGCCAUGCCUACCGACUGUAUACCAUGCCUUGCCUUCCAUGAACUGCACGCUUGCUCUGUUUAUGGUGAAACAUGUUCAGCAAUGUCUUCUAACAUUGGAUUUAACGUAUACGACAUCAUGUUUUAGUUGCCAUUAUAGAAGAGCUCCCUUUUCACAUUCUAUUUGUUCAUCAGGCCUACAGAUAAAUGCAGGAUAUGCUUUUGUUUAUUUUGAGGAUGAGCGUGAUGCUGGAGAUGCCAUACGGGGUCUUGAUGGUAUACCUUUUGGUUAUAGCAGACGCAGGCUUUCAGUGGAGUGGUCAAGGCAAGGAGAUCGUGGACCGAGAUAUCACGAUGGUUCUAGGUCAACGGGAAACACGAGGCCCACCAAAACUUUGUUUGUUAUAAAUUUUGACCCCAUUCGCACAAGAGUGCGGGACAUUGAAAGUCAUUUUGAACCAUAUGGAAAUAUUACAAAUGUCCGGAUCAGAAGGAACUUUGCAUUUGUCCAGUUUGAGACCCAGGAGGAAGCCACAACAGCUCUUGAAAGCACCAAUAUGAGCAAGAUAUUAGAUAGGGUGGUGUCAGUUGAGUAUGCCUUUCGGGAUGAUGACGAUCGUGAUGAGAUGCGUGGCAGCCCUAGAAGAGGUGGUCAUGGGAGACGGGAUGAUAGCCCUUGUGGGCGUUCUGGCAGCCCAGGCUACAGCAGAGGCAGCCCUAGUCCUGAUUAUGGCCGUGCAAGGAGUCCUGUUUACACUCGAGACAAUGGUUUCACUUAUGAUAGGAGCCGAAGGCCUGAUUAUGGUCGUCAUCGAAGUCGAUCACCUGCUCGAAGGUCCUGAACCCAAGGCUUUGCUUCUUGUAUGGCAAAUACCAUUACAUGUUCAUAUUUAGAUGGUGAUUUCCUGUUCUUAGAUCUUUUGCUCUAGAAUAUUACUUCUUUCGGAAGAACUGUUUUAUGAUAUGUAACACAGGCUAUUUUAUGAUAUGUAGAUUUACAUAAAAGUGGCUAUGCCUAUUACAUGUUACGUGAA